AUGUCAACUAUGGUUACUUCGACACUGGUAACCACUAGUCCUUCUACUACUACAAACCUUACAAAUAGAUCUAACACUAGAACACCUUCUACAUCUUCAUCUACUUCAACUAUAAACGAUUUGGAAUCUAAUGGUCACUAUUUCCCUUCAUUGUAUGAAUUAAUAGAUAAUUGCACCAGUCUAGACUCAAGUAAUGAAACAUUAUCUGCAUUCAACAACUAUCUUGAAUCAAGACAUUGUCCAGAGAAUUUACAAUUUAUAAUAGAUAUCAACAAUUAUUUACAUCUUAGUAAUACCACCAGAAUAGAAUUACUUAAAACAUGGCAAUUUUUAUAUGACAAAUAUUUGACAUUUGAUGCAGAUUUGGAAAUCAAUAUACCUUGCAACUUAAAAUCUCAACUUAGCAUUGUUGAAUUACCAUCCUAUGAAAUUUUAUCUCGAUGCAAAAAGCAUAUCUAUGACGAUUUAUUGAUUAAUUUAUACAGAGAGUUCACCAAACAAUACCACGAAGAUAUUUAUAGACCUUGUUUGUGUAAAAGAAGAACUUCAAGUAUCGAACAAAUCAAACAUCAUCAACAAACUGAAGCAAAUCCACCAGCAAAAUCAGCAUCUAAGCAUCAUUCACAACAUCACUCAAGACAACCUUUAAAACAUUCAGUUUCGUUAAAUUUACCACUCAGAUCUAAACAUUCAGAUGAUAAUGUCUGUCCAAGAGAGAAAGUCACCCCAAUAACUUCUCCAAUUAGUCAUCAUGAAAAUGGAGAUCACCAUCACCACAGCCAUCGUCGUCACCACAGUCAUCAUUCCAAACAAUAUGGUGGGUACGACUAUUACACUAUUCCAUCAACUGAGAGUUCAUCAGAAGAGGAACAUUCUGAUGGAGCAAAUACUCGAAGCAAUUCCAGAAACAAUUCUACCAGUUCAAGCUCAAGAGGUUCAUCGAUUGGAUCUAUUGUUGAUAGCUCAGUAAUUUAUUUCAACAAGAUGAAAAAAUUCAAGUUUGGUAGAAGAUUUAGUAAUGACGAAUAG